AUGGUGAUGGUAAUAGAAGGAAUGAAUUCAGUAGAGGAAAGAGAGGAGCUGUGGUUAGGUGGGGACCUAAAUGGACAUGCAGAAAGUGGCAACAUCGGUGCUGAAGAAGUCAUGGGAAGACACGGAUAUGGAGAAAGAAAUGAUCUAGGUGACCAGAUCCUUAGCAUAGCAGGAAUGUUUGGACUGGGGGUAGCUAACACUUUCUUCUCUAAACCGGAAGCAAAGAAAGUUACCUACUCCAGUGGAGGUAGAAAGUCACAAAUUGAUUAUAUCAUGACUAGGCGGAGGAGUCUGAAAAUCCUCAGAGAUUGUAAAGUUUUCCCAGGAGAGGCGGUCGCAAACCAGCACAGACCUGUGGUGUUUAAAAUGAGCAUCCAAGCAGAUGGAAAACAUAAGUACCACGGGAUUAAGAAAAUUAAGUGGUGGAGAUUGAAGGAAUUGCCAUACAGAGAGGAGUUUGUUAUGAAGGUAAAAGAAAGAAUAAGUGGCAAGGAGACUACUUGGGAGAUACUGAGUGAGAACAUGAGAAGUGUGGCUAAAUGCAUAGGGACAGUGCAUGGCAAUAAGAAUCGCGACAGAAAUUCAUCUGACGUCAGACAGGUGAAACUUAUCAAAGAUGGAAAUGGAAGUACUAUCACUGAGGAUAAUAAGAUACAGGCUAGCUGGAAGGAAUAUUUUCAGAAGCUUCUAAAUGAGGAAAAUCCACGGGAGGAAAGAUGCACAACACCGCCAGCUCAUCCCGGGAAAGUCUCGGAAGUCAGGAAGGAGGAAGUAAAAAGAGUGAUAAAGAGGAUGAAGACAGGGAAGGCUAUCUGGGAACGUGUGACUGAUGCACGGCUUCGAGAAAUGGUGACGGUGGAUGAACAGCAGUUUGGGUUUAUUCUGAACAGGAGCACUACAGAUGGUGGAGUGGAGUGUGAGGUGGGAGUUGCAAGGAAAGACAAAGUCAGAAAUGAAAACAUCAGGGAGAGACUAGGCAUUGAAAAGGAGCUAACAGAUAAGAUCAAGGAAAGCAGACUGAGGUGGUUUGGCCAUGUCUAUCGGAGGGAUGAGAGCUAUGUUGGGAAGAGGGUUAUGAAAAUGACUGUGGGGAAACGGAAAAGAGGCCGGCCAAAGAGACAUUGGUCUGAUUGUAACAAGGAAGAUCUGGUAAAUGUCGGAGCUGUGGCUAGAGACGCUGCAGAAAGAAUGUCCAAAGUAAGCCUGUGGAAACUAGUUCCACAGGUAAAUAACCCAUCAAAAGAUAUUCCCAAGAUGCUGGAAAGGGACAGCCUAAAGGUGUGGGGCAAGCCUUAA